AGACUCGGACGGGGCUACCGAGUUUGGGAGGGAACGGUAUGGAAACCUUGUCCGGAGCAGCGUGAGGUCCGAUGACGGCAGAUAAGGACCGGACGGUGCAAGCGAGGAAGGACGCGCUCCUGCCCUUUGCGCUCCUCGACGUCUACGCCGGUGGCCACUAUGAGCGUCCUGCAGAACAUCCGCGUCUACUGGCUCGCGUUCAUCGCCUACUGGGGCAUCGUCCUCUUCGGGUACGACACCGGCAUCGCCGGUGGCGUCGUCUCCCAAAAGUACUUCGAGACCCGCUUCCACAUGCUCAACCCGGACGGCACGACCAACACCAAGAAGGCGAACGACGUCUCGUCCAACGUCGUCUCCGUCCUCCAAGCCGGCGCCUUCUUCGGCGCCCUCUCCUCCGCCCCGCUCUCCUCCCGCAUCGGCAGGCGCCUUACCCUCGUCGCCUACUCGCUCGUCUUCACCGUCGGCGCCAUCCUGACGACGGUCGCGGGCGGCGGCUCGCACGGCCUCGGCCUCAUCUACGCCGGCCGCGUCAUCUCCGGCUUUGGCAUCGGCGGCAUCUCCGCCGUCGCCCCCGCCUACGUCUCCGAAUGUUCCCCGAAGGACGUCCGGGGCCGCAUCACCGGCCUCUUCCAGAUCAUGGUCGCCCUCGGCGUCAUGAUCUCCUACUUUAUGAACUACGGCAUCAGCCUCAACCCCUCCCUCGCCAACUCGCCCCGCGUCUGGCGCAUCCCCUUCGGCUUCCAGCUCGUCCCCGCCGGCAUCAUGUCCCUCGGCCUCCUCACCGUGCGCGAAUCCCCCCGCUGGCUCGCCGCCGUCGGCCGCUCCCCGGACGCCCUCGCCAACCUCGCCUACCUCCGGCGCCUCCCCCCCGACGACCCCGCCGUCCGGCGCGAGCUGUCCGAGAUCGAGGCCGCCAUCGCGGAAGAGCGCGCCGCGCGGAGGGGGUUGGGCUGGAAGGAGGCGUUCCUCGGGCGCGGCAACUGGCCGCGGUUCGUGAUCGCGAUCGUGAUCUUUAUCCUCCAGCAGUGGUCCGGCCAGAACAGCGUCAACUACUACGCGCCCCAGAUCUUUAAAUCCAUCGGAUACACGGGCCAAACGCCCUCGCUCCUCGCCUCCGGCAUCUACGGCGUCGUCAAGCUCGUCUCCACCGCCCUCUUCGUCUUCUUCCUCGUCGAGUCCCUCGGCCGCAAGCUCUCCCUGCUCGUCUCCGCCCUCGGCAUGGGCACCUUCUUCUUCAUCAUCGGCGCCAUCCUCAAGACCCACCCGCCGCCGCCCGCGCCCCCCGCCGGCGGCUCCCCCUCCCACCCGCCGCGCGCGAGCCAGGCGAUGGCGGGCAUGAUUUACAUCUAUGUCUGUUUUUACUCGAUGGGAUGGGGCCCGCUGCCGUGGGUGUACGUGAGCGAUAUUUUCCCGACGCGGACGAGGCAUUACGGGCUCGCGACGGCGAGCGCGACGCAGUGGCUCUUCAACUUUGUGCUGUCGAAGGUGACGCCGACGAUGGUGACCAACCUCGGCUACAAGCUCUUCCUCAUGUUCGCCACCAUCAACAUCGCCGGCAUGGGCACCUUUGCGCUCCUCAUCCCCGAGACCAAAGGACGCUCGCUGGAGGAGAUGGACAUUAUAUUCGGCGCGGUGUCGGCCGAGCAGCGCAGGGAAGAUGUCGAGCGCGUCGAGCGGGAGAUGGCGCAUGCGGUCCAGGGCGUGACGAGCCACAGCAGCGAGGACGAGGCGGCGAUGAAGGUGUGAUUUGUAUGUGUGUAUACGUUUGUACGAUAUAUCGAGAUGAGGGGGUAAUCGGGAUGGUUUCGAAGACGGCACCAACGAUGAACCACGAAACAGUGAACGCCAAAAGUAUAAUCAAGGCAACGGUAGGACAAUCGAUGCAGAACACGAACAGAAAAGACCUCAACGUCGGCCCAGUGGCCCCAUCAAAUACCCAUGUGGACAUACGUGGCCCAUCGCUCCGGAGGUAUCCCUCCCUCACGCAACUUCCUGACGGCGGAGUCGAGCGCGUACGCGAUCAGACCGGGAUUCUCGUAUCCCCCGUUCAGCAGCGCUUCGUGGACCUCCUUCGCCACGGCGGGCCCGUCCAGGUCGUACAUUUCCCUUUGCAUCUGGGUUUAAGUCGCGGUGUUUCCUCAUGACUGACGCAAUGUGCUCACCACAUGGUACCCACUACGGACUUGAAUCCGGCGAACAGCAUCGAUCCGGCCAGGUGCACGAUCUCGUCCGGAAGACCUUCGUCUCCGGCGGCCGACUCGCAUGCGCUAAGGAAGGCGAAGAACGCCCGGGGCAUCCUGGCUCGCGCAAUGUCGGCUAUCGUCAGCACCCCUCCCUCCAGAACGAAUCCGCUGCUGAGAGGGUCGCCGCGAUCCUGCUUUGCGUGGCAAGCGAGGUGCACGACGGAUGAUUCGCCCAUGGCCUUGCACACAUUUUCCACCAUGCUAGCGUCGUGAUGUUUGACCUCCCCUGGUGGUGUAUCACGAAUCUUCUGAUCUAUGCAUAUCAGGCGUCCAGACUGAUACAUGCUCGCCAACUGGGAGAUUUCCUCCGCAGCCAUCGGCAGAGGUGCGUUGCCUGAUACAUUUGACUGAGCGACGAGUAAGACUUGGGCAUCUGCCGAAGAGACGAUGCGUUGCUUCCUUGCUUCCACUAGAGCUCCGAGAGAUGGGGUAUAAGAAGAGACCACGUAGUCCGAGGUGCAUGCCCCCGAUGACAUGCCCGCGGCGUGCAGUGGCAAAAAUACGAAACUCCCGGUCGGGCACCACCACAAACGAGGACGUGAUUCAUUCCCCUUGCACUAAUCAUCGUUAGCUCAGAUAUAUUCAGUCACCUUGUGCGGAUCUUCAAUGACUUACUGGAAGGUUCAAGGAGGUCAGAAUCGGGCACACGACAUUCUCCCAUACUUCCUGCACGCCAUUUCCGGCCAGAAUAGCCAUUUCCCCUAAGCUCUGGCGACUUCGCGCAGCUCGUUGAGCAUGCGAGAGUGCCUCCGACCAUCUUGAUAUGCGAAGAACGCCAACCUGGGGUAACGGCACGACGUAUGGCUCGGCGGCCGCCGACGGCAUUACGAUGCCGUACGCCAGAGCAUCUGUGGCCAUCAGCAACACCACUGGGCCUUUUGAUGCCGCCUGACGCAGUUCCGCGAAUCCUGGGGGAACAAGGAAGCGCUCGAAGCCUGGAAUGCGACGAGACUGUUGUAUAAGCUCUUCGAACUCGUCGACCAACCUGCGUCGUCGUGAUGCUUCGAUCUCGCUUGUAGUGUGCGACAAAUCUAACCCCGCUGCGUCUAGGCUUGAGGAUACCUCGCGCAAACGGUCUGACAGUCCCGCCGGGAGACCCUCGAAAGGACUGCGUAACUGCAAAAGACCGUUCCAAAGGAUUGCACGUCCGUGUUCCAACAAUUCUAUCGCGGUCCGUGGCUGCUGAAUGGACAUCGCGUGCGCCGCGGCUUCUAAAGCGAACCCUUGGGCGCCUUUGAGAGCCUUGAGUCGAGCUCUCGCAUCCAUCCCGCGGGAAGCCACCAGAGGGAGAAAUGACAUCGCCCUUUCGUGACCUGCAGAGAUAGAGGCUGCAUCGUUCAUCUCCUUUGCCACUGCAAUGUAUCGCUUGUUGAAGCUAAGCCGAUGGAAUAUGGAGGAGUAUGGAUGAUCCACGGCGCCCACCCAAGCCUGCAUGCAUUCUGCAUAAUCACCCUUGUUCUGUGUAAUCUGGAAACGGGCAUACAAAUCCUCGGCAAGGCCGGAGGACACCGUGCCGUAUAACGGCUCAACGAUUGGCGCACGUUUCAAGGCGAUGCUGCGAUGCUCAAUAGCCUCGUCGACAAGUGUGUGGUCGCCGGUCAAAAUCGAGGAAGACUGCAGUAUGUCCGCUAGGAUGUGAUCCGCAGCCUCUUCGAGGUCGGAGAUCGACCCUCGAAAAGCGCCAAGCUUUUGCAGGGAAUAUCCGAUGUAGCAAAGGGCCUCGUAUCGUAUAGGAGUUCCCGGAGGGCAUAAUGCCAGGUAAUCGCGGCUCGCACUGCAGGCUUUGAGGAGGAGUGGCUCGCUACAAGGGUAUCCUAACCAUCGCUGCCUCUCGAUCUCUGCAGCCAGAAGCACGCAAACCCAGCUGAGACCAAGACGCCGCUGUUCCAGAGACUUGCUCGUAGUGUAGCAUAUUCUAGCGUGAGAUGACGCCUCGUCAUAAUCCGCUUGGGCACCCAAUCGCUCGAACCUUCUGAGUAACGCUAUGCACAAUCCAAGUCGCG